AUGAAAAAAAUUAAAGAGGGUAAAAAGCAUUUGCACGGGAUUGCAUUGUCCCUGCAGAUCUUUGUAUUCCUACAUCUGACAAAGAUCAAGGACUUACUCAUGUUAUCGAGUUUGGAUUUCGUAAAUGAACAACUUCCGUUGAUCAAUGAUUGGUCGCGUCAUUUAGAACAAUUUACCUUGAACAAAUGUAAAAAGGUAGAUUAUUUGGAUUUAAUUAGCACAACGACUGCUAAAGAGGUUAACUACAAUCCAUAUGAUAAUAUUCAAUUCCCCGACCUGAAAGAAUAUUCAACUUUCGAGUUGGAAAGAAGGGUAUGUUGUAAAUCAACCAUACAACCAACCUUUCUCAUCAACUUUAAUGAGGUUGCAUUUUUUCAACCCCAUAAAUUUAAAAAACAAUAUUCUAAUGCACGUGCCGGGGAUAGAAAAUGCACAUACAAAUGGAAAUUGUACCCAAGAAGAGGUACAAAAGGGAAAAAUUGGCAAGAGACGAAAAAGCAUACAAAAUAUCUCAAGCAUUGGAGCAUAAGUUGUUUUAGUAAAAGACCACAACCUGAGGAACAACAACCCGAAAGAGUACAAGAUGUUCGAACAGAAGAGCCAAUUGAGGUGGAACACCAUAAUUUGGAUGAUGUCGUGGACAAUCAAGAAAAGCAUUGUGGAAGGAAAAGAAAAAGCAUAUGGAGUUCAAAAGAAAAUGAAGUUGCUCAUGAGGAGGAUGCAUGA